UGUGGAGUUCUCUUGCUCAGCUUAACCUUCCUGCUCUAAUAUACUUCGAGGUACUUAUCAAAAUGAGCACCCUUCGCUCCGUCGCUCAGAAGGUUGGCGCCCGGCCGGCUGCGCGCCGCUCUGUCGUUAUGCGCACCGGGAACAACAUCACUGGCAAGACCUUCUCUUCGUCGGAGCCCGCCAGCGUUGAGUACCUGAAGACGCUGCCCGGCGUCACAGCUCCUUUCGAGGGCGUCUUUGACCCUGCGGGCUUUGCGCGCACGGCGACCGUGCGUGAUGUCCGCCGCUGGCGCGAGGCCGAGAUUACCCAUGGCCGCGUCUCCAUGCUCGCCGCGCUGGGCUUCAUUGUGGGCGAGCAGCUGCAGGACUACCCACUCUUCUUCAACUUUGAUGGCAGGGUGUCAGGCCCCGCCAUCACGCACUUCUCCCAGAUCGGCCAGGGCUUCUGGGAGCCGCUGCUGAUCGCCAUCGGCAUCGCGGAGUCCUACCGCGUGGCCAUCGGCUGGGCUACCCCCACCAACACCGGCUUCAACAGCCUCAAGGACGACUACGAGCCCGGCGACCUGGGCUUCGACCCGCUGGGCCUGAAGCCCACGGACCCCGAGGAGCUCAAGGUCAUGAAGACCAAGGAGCUCAACAACGGCCGCCUGGCCAUGAUUGCCAUCGCCGCCUUCGUGGCCCAGGAGUGUGUGGAGCAGACCGAGAUCUUCGAGCACCUGUUCCUGCGCUUCGAGAAGGAGGCCAUCCUGGAGCUGGACGACAUCGAGAGGGACGUGGGUCUGCCGCUGACGCCUCUGCCCAGCGAGCUGACCAACCUGUAAGGGAGACGCACGUACGGACGGGCGGACAAGAAUCAGGAGGCUACAACUGAGAUUGGAUAUCAUUCGAGACUAACUAGCCAGCGGCGGGGUUCGUCCGCGCUGGAAGAGGGCUGCAACGCAUUUAAUUAUGCCCACUGACUCGUCGACCAUUUACUUGUGCUACUUGUCAGAGCACAGAGUUUGAGAGCUCUGCUAUAUGUGUAUGCUCGUAUUUGCAAUACAUUUCAGUUGAUGAUUCUAUUACUCGGUGAGGUGUGAGGUGAGAGAGAGUGCGCAAGAUACGCGAUGUGACCUGGACAUUGUUUGGUAAAGCCUGUGGAAGAAUUCAAUCGAGAGGUGUUCCGAGUGUAUUCGGGCUGUGACGUCUUCGCAGCUAACAUCGCACAGGGCUGUGAAGGUGUAUGCGCCAUCCAUGUACCCGGUUUUACCCAGCAGGGCCACUAAUUUGCACCGGGGAAUAAUAUUAUUGACUUUUGAAUCGCUCCGGAUGUAUGCUGGUGAAGAAUUCAUCCAAGUAUUUCAUGCACACUAACGGUGGAGUGGAGAGGAGAGAGUUGGAUGUUGACAAUGGCUGGCUUGAAAAGUACAUACGUGAAUAACACGCCGGACCCGAUCACCAUCUAUUGUAAUGACUUUCGGUAUGUGUCA